AUGAGGUGUUGGGGUGUAAGGGUGAGUGUGAGUGUUUGGUGGGUUGAAGCACUUGUGAACGGUCCUUGUUUACUGGUAGUGCAAGUCACCGACGCACUCACACUCCUCUCGCACUCACUCACUCACUCGCUCCUUCACACUCGCUCCAUCAUGACUCUCGAGUGCCUCAUCGGUGUAAAAUUCAACAAUUUUGUUAUGAUGGCCACAGACAUGAGCCAUUUACAGAGCAUCAUGGUACAAAAAUCAGAUGAUGACAAGAUGCACACUUUAUCAAAAAACUUGGUGAUGGCUGUAUCUGGGGAGGCAGGUGACACCACUCAAUUUGCAGAAUACAUCGCCAAGAAUAUUCAGCUGUAUAAGAUGCGGAAUGGAUAUGAGCUGGCACCUUCUGCAGCGGUCCACUUAACACGUUACACACUUGCAACACAUCUACGUUCUAGGGAACCAUAUUUUGUGAACUUGCUCAUGGGUGGUGUUGACCCAGAUACAAAGAAAACAGAGCUGUUCUAUAUGGAUUACUUGGCAGCAUCCGUUCCAGUUAAAUAUUAUGCAUUUGGAUAUGGUGGUAUGUUCACCUUAUCAGUUUUGGACAAGGAAUACUCACCUGACAUGAAUGAGCAAGAAGCAUAUGAACUGUUGAAGAAGUGUGCUGCAGAAAUUAAGCGAAGAUUUAUCAUCAACCUGCCCAAGUUCCGUGUGAGAAUUAUCUCAAAGGAUGGCAUUAAGGACAUGCCUCAUGUUGUUGCGGAAGGAGAGGCAGCAUAGACCUAGACCCACCGAGUGCUUAAAUAUAUGUUUCUGUGUAGUUGCUAAUUUAGGAGGCUUCAGAAAUUCAAGACCAUCAUAAUGAUGACUGAAAACAUUUUAUAAAAGGGAAUCUGUGAUUAUUUAAGGGUAUUUUGCCUGAAAGUUCAUAGAGAUUGUGUAUUUAAUAAAAGGUAAAAAUUUUGAGUAAAUUAUUUGGAUCUAUUAUUCUCUUAACUCAAUAUUAAUACUUUUUCCAGGCUUUCUUUGAUAAAUUUUGAAAGGUAUUUAGAUGACAUUAAUACAUAUUUGUUUUUGUAAUAAAUUCUGAGUUUGCAA